ACGGAGAAGCCCAGCCUGGCUUACUGAGCACACCCCAGCCUGUUUGGUUCUGCUUCCUUCCACCGACCUGCCUCGAUUCCUCCUCACCGAAUUACUACUCUGCUUUGCUACCUGUCCUUCCCACAUCCGCAGACCCCAACUACCGGAACACAACCCCUCCUCCCUCCCUCGCCCCCCUCUCAUUGCACGUCUCAUUAUAUAUAUAUAUACAGGGAGGGAGAUCUGGUAGAGGGGCGAUGGCGAAGGGGAGCGUGUGGGAGAUUGGCGUGAAGGACGUGGUGGCGGCGGGGUUGAAGGCGGACGAGGCGGUGGCCUUCCACGAGGGGCUCCGCCGGUUGGUCGGGGAGGAGCCGCGGGAGGGCGCGGAGGCGGAGGUCUGGCGGGCCGUGGCUGAGAGCGGCCUGUUGCUGCCGGCCCACCCCCACCCCCUCCACUAUAGUACUCAAUUAAUUUUUCUUGGCAGGAUAAACUCUAAGCAUACAAAUCUUUGGAAAUUGAUGGAACAUCAUGGUCCGAAGCUUUUAGGAUCAUCAUAUCAUGAUCCACUUAUGAGCUUCAGCCUCUUCCAGAAGUUCUCAGUUCACCGUCCAGAGGUCUAUUGGUCAGCUGUGAUAAAAGAGCUCUCUGUGGUAUUCCAUGAGGCCCCAAAAUCUGUUCUGGAUACUUCAGAAAAUUCUAAGAAUGGUGGAGCAUGGUUCCCAGGUGCAGUCCUGAAUAUUGCUGAGUGUUGUCUCUUACCAAUGGAAUCCCAGAAAAGGACAGAAGAAAGUGUGGCUAUUCUCUGGAGAAAUGAAGGUUCUGAUGAUUCUUCGAUAAACUAUUUGUCACUGAAGGAACUUCGUAAUCAAGUCAUGUUAGUCGCACGUGCAAUUGAUAAAAUAUUUAUGAAGGGAGAUGCUAUUGCCAUUGACAUGCCAAUGACAUGCACUGCAGUAAUCAUAUACCUAGCAAUCGUCCUUGCUGGAUGUGUUGUUGUAUCAAUAGCUGACAGCUUUGCAGCAAACGAAAUUGCAAAACGGAUGGAGGUGGCUAAAGCAAAAGGGAUAUUUACGCAGGACUUCAUUCUUCGAGGAGAUAAAAAAAUUCCUCUUUACAGUCGUGUUAUAAAGGGUACGUCAUGUGUCGUUAUUGUUGUUCCUGCUCAUGGCAAUGAUGUGGGAGUUCAACUAAGAAGCCAUGACUUGUCAUGGAAAGAUUUUAUCUCUUCUGCUGGUUCACUUCCAAGCAGGCAUAACUAUCCUCCUGUUUAUCAGUCAGCAGACAGUGUGACCAAUAUACUCUUUUCUUCAGGAACAACAGGAGAACCCAAAGCUAUUCCUUGGACACAGAUUUCACCAAUAAGAUGUGCAGCUGAUUCGUGGGCACAUAUUGAUAUCCAAGCAGGAGAUAUUUGUUGCUGGCCAACAAAUCUAGGAUGGGUUAUGGGACCGAUUAUAUUGUAUUCGUGUUUCUUAAAUGGUGCUACUCUGGCUCUUUACCAUGGAUCUCCACUUGGACGUGGUUUUGGAAAGUUUGUCCAGGAUGCAUCUGUGACAAUGUUAGGAACAGUACCAAGCCUAGUCAAAUAUUGGAAAAGCAGCAAAUGCAUGGAAGAGCUUGACUGGACCAAGAUCAGGAUUUUUGGUUCUACAGGGGAAGCCUCUGAUAUUGAUGAUGACCUAUGGCUCUCUUCCCGGGCUUCCUACAGACCAAUUAUAGAAUGUUGUGGUGGGACUGAACUUGCAUCUAGCUACAUCCAGGGAAGCUUGUUGCAGCCGCAAGCUUUCGCAACAUUUAGUACUCCAUCAAUGUCGACAGGAUUCAUCAUUUUUGAUGAACAAGGAAUUCCAUAUCCGGAUGAUCAACCUUGUGUUGGAGAAGUUGGUUUGUUUCCUCUCUACAUGGGAUCUACUGAUAGGUUACUCAACGCCAAUCAUAAGAAGGUUUACUUUGAUGGAAUGCCUACAUACAAAGGAAUGAACCUUCGAAGACAUGGAGAUAUAAUUCAAAGAACAGUGGGUAAUUAUUACAUUGUCCAUGGCCGAGUUGAUGACACCAUGAAUCUUGGAGGCAUUAAGACAAGUUCAGUGGAGAUAGAACGUGUAUGCAACAGAGCUGAUGAAAAUGUGUUAGAGACAGCAGCAGUCACCAUUACAUCCAAUACUGGAGGCCCUGAACGGUUGGUUGUGUUAGUAGUUCCUAAGAAUCAGUCGGCAAAGUGCGAUCCUGAGUUCCUGAGGACUAAAUUCCAGAAAGCCAUCCAGAACUAUCUCAAUCCUUUGUUCAAGGUGAGCUUUGUGAAAGUUGUCCCAGAGUUUCCUCGUACCGCUUCAAACAAAUUGCUGAGGAGAGUCCUCAGGGAUCAGCUGAAACAAGAGUAUCGAACUUACAGCAGACUAUGACAGGAUCAGUUUGGAGGACUCGACCCUAUAAUUUGGCUUCAGAUGCAUCAGAAAAAGGUUGGUCAGCCAUCAUCACUUUGCAAUUUCACCUACCCUGCUAUGCUCACUGCAAUGCCACGAGGUAUAUAGGCAGAUGGUGGCAGCAUGGUGCAUGCCGUAAUUUGGAAGUAUAUUAAACAUGGAGAUUACAGCCAUUAUGCCUCGCUUAAUUAGGAGAAAGCUUUGUAGCCAACCUUCAGUGUCUUAUGUCUUAGUUUGGAUGUUCAGACUGGCUUUUCACUGCAUUAUUCCUCUAUAUAAGGGCUUUGCUCUCAUCUACAUGCUAUAUGAUUGGUUAGCUAUGUUUGGUGUUUACAUUUACUGCCUCUAGCAGUAAAAGCAAUAUAAACGGACUGGAUUAAUUGCUUGGGAUGAUCCAUUACCAUUCA